UAAUCCAAUCGCUUUCGUCCUUUGCUGGCGGUUCAUUUUAAAUGUGUGAAAAGCACAGACGUAACCAGCUAUAGCCAACUUUUGCAUUUCAAGAUUUGAGAAGAGAAGCGUUGUGGUUAUGGCCCAGGUGGAGGCAGAACGGGAGCUGUUUAAAGAGAACAUCCAGCCAUUGAGAGAGGGAUUGGCUGUGACUGGUCUGCACCUCAGCCACCAAGAGGGAUCCAGCCAUGCAGCUAUCCAGCAACAGAGACAAGCGUUUGAAUUGGAACUCCGUAUGUACACUGGAGAUGAUCCACUUGAUAUCUGGGAUAGGUACCUAAAAUGGACACUCAAGACCUACCCCCAGGGUAGUAAAGAGAGCAGUCUUACGGCCAUGCUGGAGAGGGCUGUGCAGCUCUUUGCUCAUGACAAGAAAUACUACGAUGACCCCCGUUACAUCAACCUCUGGAUCAAUUUGGCCCAGAACAGCAUGGAGCCCCUGGAAAUGUUCAGCUACAUGCAGGACAACGGCAUCGGACUCACUCGGGCUGACCUUUACAUUACCUGGGCGGAGGAGUUCGAGAAGCACGGCAACUUCCAGAAGGCAGACGCCAUCUUCCAAGAGGGACUUAAGUGCGGAGCCCAGCCCAUGGAUAAACUUCAGCAAUAUCAUAAUGGUUUCCAGGCCAGGGUGGCCCAUCAGGCUAUGUCUGCAACUGAGGAACCAGAACCAGCAAGAACCAGUAUGGUAGAUCUGAGACCACGGGGGAGGAAGAAGGAUGUCGCACCAGUCAAUCGAACAGAGGCUGCAGGACACUCUCGAAGGCUGAACUUGCAGUUGCCCAGACGGUCCGCUCGCCACAUUCAGAAAAACCCGAUCCUGGGGUUUAACGAGAACCAGGCGGAUUCCCUUCAAGCUUCAGAACUGAAGCUGGAACCCUGGAUGGCACCACCCAGCAGCCGGGCCAAAGAGAAUGAAGUCAUGCCUGAGCAAUUGGCCGACAAGAUUCCCCAGAAGUCGUGGUGUUCUGCCUCCAGUGUAACGGUCCCUGCCAGCAGGCUCAACUUCCAGCCUUUUGUGGAGGAAGGUGACCAGACCCCUUCUGUGUCUGAGUGUAAGAUUGACCCGGCAGUGAACACUGUCUUCUCUGAUCACCCGCCCCCCUCCAAAGAGGAGUCUGCGUUGGAGGAGGGAGGAGGCGGGGUGAAGGAACAGAGCAUGUAUCUCAAAGAGCUCCUGCUGAAUGGCGCUGUGGAGCUGAGCAUCGAAGAGCUGCGUGCCGAACACUACUUCGCACGCAAGCGGCAAGAAAUCGAAGAGACAAUUCAACAGCAGAACCAAGCCAAAGAGAGGCUGAGGCAACAGAUAGAUGAGAAGCAACGACUGCUUCAGUUGCAGCAAUCCCAGCAACGAUCACAACAGAUCGUCACUGGGACCGAGUCCAUGCAAAUAACAGAGCGUAGGUCUGGAACUGUCCUACCUACCAGCCAACAGAAUGGAAUGGCCUUCCAGAUCUUUGAUGAAGGAUCCCAGUCUGGCUCUGCACAUGGGUCUGGAAACCCUAUUCCCCGUGAAAAGGACAUGUUUCCAGAUGAUGUUUUCCUACCUGCUGGAGACAGAGGUCUUUGCUUUAAGACUCCAUACCCGUUUCCAGGUGGCAGUAUCCCCCGCUCUGCACGAACUCAAUUAUAUAAGAACUUCCCAGAGAGAACAGAGUCCCUGAACGAGGAGGUGGUCAGCGGCCACAAGAACAAGACUCUGUGCUCCAGCCCAGAGGACACGCAGGACUUUGUGAAGGCCGCCAAGAUGGCCUCCUCUCCUUAUCACGCCAUGGGACAGAGGGCGGUCUUGCCCAACGCUGGCAUUCUGACCAAGGAGCCCGGCAUUAACCCUCAACUUGACUCGGACGGAAGGAAGAAGCUCAGCCCCAUCCAAGAAGCCAGUCUGGAGGCUUGGGGCUCCAUGGCUUCAGGCCCCACCUCCGCCUCCUCCAUGUGCACGAACUCUGGAGGAAAGGCCGUCCACCAACUCGGCAGGCUGGAGGAGAGCCACGCCGAACCCCACCUCGACGCCAUAGACCAGAAUUCACCAUGCAUACAACCUGUGAUUGAGGACCCUUGCAGUGUGAGGGUGAGACAACAGUUGCUGGAUCAAGUGGACCUGAGCUCCUUUCCUAACUUCUACUCAGAGGAUGGUCCCCUUCCCAUGGCUGAGGAAGAUGAUGUGCUGAUUCUAGGGAACGACACCUUUGCUACCUAUUCCAAGAUGGACUAUGAGAACUUUUCCAUCUAUGCAGGCCAAGGUGGGGGUGACGUUGCCAUUAAGCUGGAUCGCACUGCGGUGCCGUGGGACUUCUACAUCGGCUCAAAACUGAGGGAGCGACUAGCCCGGGACUCCCAGGCACCCGUCCACGACGCGGGGCGCUGCUUCCUGUUCCAGGAUGGCUGCGUCACGGUCCACAAGGCCCCCCAGCAGAGCACACUGCGCGAGGUGGCUGAGGAGUCCUUUGAGGAAAUCGUGGCCUCCCUGGCCAUGCAGACAGUGGAGCUGGUGAGACUCAUGCACUCCUGCCACCUGAUCCACGGAGCUCUCAGUCCAGACACACUGGUCAUGAAUCGUCCUUAUGAUGAACCAAUGGGUGAGAUUGGUGCUGCCGUUGCGCUGGACUUCUCCUGCUCCGUGGACCUGGAGCUUCAGCCAGAGGUGACAGCAGCACACAGCCUCCCAGCAGCCCAGAACUUCAUCACACAGGGCCUACUAGCCCCCUCUGCCAGCCCCUAUCAGGUGGAUCUCCUGGGCAUUGCAGAGACUGUCCACACUCUGCUGAAGAAGAGAACCAUGCGCCUGGUUAAGGAAUACUCUGUGUGGACACUGGAGGAAUAUCAGGAAGCACAUCCCAGUGACCGGAGCGAUGCGUUUUGGAGCCAGUUCUUCCGGACCGUUCUGAAUCCUGGGGACAGGCCUUCUGUAUCAGUUCUCACAGAGCUACUUGAAGACAUGAAGAAGUCUACAUUUGCUUGCUACGGCGCGUAGUUUUUUUCCUAGCACUGCCUUCCUAGUGAUAUAUCUACUUAGAUUUUAUGUGUCUCCUAGAUGUUGCUGUUAUUUUUUUGCUAGUCCUUUUGUUUUUUCCUAAUUUCAAUGUAAUUGUUUUUCUGUUAAAUGCGAUUGAUUGUUCAUAAUAAAGUAUAGGUCUUAUUCA